CCACCUCCCACCAAACUCAAUUAUACAAAACCCUGAAGAAAGACACAACAACCAUUGUUACUUUCCAUUGAUUGAGCUAAAGCUUUGGCUUUUCUCGGAUAAUUUUUCAUUGGGUACAAGAAAGUCUCUAACUUUCACCGAAAGAGCAAGGAUCUGAGAUGUGUGGAGGUGCGAUUAUCUCCGACUUCAUUCCGGCGGGGCCCGCCGGCCGGUCCCGACGCGUGACCCCCGAAAUCCUGUGGCCGAAUUUGAGGAAGCGGUUCUCGAAGCCGCUGCUGGACGAUGAUUUCGAGGCGGGGUUCAGGGAAUUCAAGGAUGACUCUGAAAUCGAGGAUGAUGAUGAUGAGGAUGAAGAGGACAGUUUGAUGGUGGUUGGUGUGAAGAAGUCCGUUGGCUUUUCUCGCCCCAACAAGACCUCUAAGUCUCUCUCUCGUGGAUCAACAACUGUAAAAUCUGGGGAAUCAAAAGGGCAAAUUGAGAAGUGUGCCAAGAGAAAGAGGAAGAACCAAUAUAGAGGAAUUCGUCAGCGUCCAUGGGGAAAGUGGGCUGCUGAGAUCCGUGACCCAAGAAAGGGGGUUCGUGUUUGGCUUGGAACUUUCAGCACUGCUGAAGAAGCUGCAAGAGCUUAUGAUGCUGAGGCAAGGAGGAUCCGUGGCAAGAAAGCCAAGGUGAAUUUCCCUGAUGAGCCUUCAGCUGUUUCUUCAAAACGCCUCAAGGUGAUUCCAGAGGAAAGCCUGAGCUCUGUGCAGCCAAAAAUGAACCACUUGUUCAACUUUGGUGACAAUCUGGAGGACUACUACAGCCCUGUGGAUCAGGUGGAACAGAAGCCAUUGGUUAACCAGUAUGUGAACCCUGGUCCAUUCACUGGAAACUGUGUUCAGCUCUCACCAGUUACUCAAUCUGCUGAUGUUACUGCUUAUUUCAGUUCUGAGCAUUCGAGCAAUUCAUUUGAUUACUCUGAUCUUGGAUGGGGUGAACAAGUUCCAAGGACCCCUGAAAUCUCCUCCAUUCUUUCUGCUCCUCUGGAGGGUGAAUCUCAGAUUCAGAAGAAAGACAGUGAAGACAUGAUGCCUGUGCAAGAUGAUUCUGCAAAGACACUUUCUGAGGAGCUUGCAGACAUAGAAUCCCAGCUGAAGUUCUUCGAGGCCCCUUUGUUUGAUGGAAGCUGGGGUGAUGCUUCAUUGGCUUCUCUGCUAGGCAGUGAUGCAACUCAGGAUGCUGGAAACCCUUUGAACCUUUGGAGCUUCGACGACCUGCCAUCAAUGGCAGGCGUUUUCUGAGCAACAUUGUAUCUCCCUUUAUGUAAAUAAAGCUACAAGGAACGGUGGUCGUGGUGUUGAUGAUGGAGUCACAGGAAGAAGUAACAUGCUUAAGGACACGUGUCGUUUAUUCUCUUGUAGCUAAUGCAGUAUAGGUCUAUAUAGGUUUUUUUAGGUGUCCUUUGUGAACUCAAAGACCUCCUUUUCAGGGGAUUUUCUGCUUGAUGUCCAUAAGGAUUUAUAUUAUAUAUGGCCUGGGAUACACUCUUGACUGCUGAUAUAGUUAUUAUAUUAUAUUAACUUGGUUGUUUUCAUUGUGUAAAUUUCAUUAUGAUUUCAUACCACCAUUUAUUCAAUGCUUUGUUUGGUUCA